AUGAAAUUCAUUGAAAAGAAGUACAAUAUUAAUAAUUAUUCAAUUUUUAGUAGUGAGUACCACGUUAAAAAUGCAAAAUCAAACAUAAUUAUCAUGCAUGGAUUUAGAGGGUACUCUGGGCCAUUAACAGAAUUAGCAAAAUAUUUUGUUCAAAAUAAAUUUUCAGUAUUUAUGUUUGAUUUUCCUUAUCAUGGAAGAUCAUCAGGUAAACCAAAAACGUAUUUUAAUAAUGUAGAUGAAUUAGUUAAUAUAACAAAUGAAUAUAUUAAUAUUAUUAAAAUUUCAACACCAUCUCUACCUUUAUUUGUACUUGGUCAUUCAUUGGGAGGACUGAUUACUUGUAUUAUUGCAAGAACAAGAUCUGAUAUUACUGGUGGAAUAGCUAUUGCCCCUGGAUUAGUUUUAAAAACAAAAAUCGUUUAUUGGUUUUAUUAUCUUUUAAUGAUACUUCUUUUUUUCUUUCCAAAGAUCUUUAUUCCUUGUCCUUCAAAUCACAAAAUAUUCCCUAAUGAUGAAUUAUUCAUUAAAUAUCAUUCUGACCCCUUUAUGUUUAAUGGAAAUUUGGCUUUAAAUUCUGUUUUUCAAAUAGCUAAAACUGGAGAUUUUGAAAAAGACACUGACAUUACUAUUCCUUUUUAUAUAGAACAUGGCGAUGCUGAUUCUAUUGUUGAUGUUAGUGGAAGUAGGAUCAAAUCACUUCAUUUGAAAAACUCAAAAAGUAAAUACAUAGAAUACAAUAAAAUGAACCAUUUACUUUUUACUGAAAAUAAUUACCAAGAACAAUUUGCUUGUUUUGUCGAAUGGAUUAAUAAAGUUAUUGAAGAAGAAUAA